GACUAUUCCCAUUACACCCUCUUUAUUCCCCCAAAUUCUGCAAAAUUCGGUAGUUGCGGAUCGCAGUUGCGAAUAAUCCACCCAGAACCACGACCUACUGCAAACAGCUCGAACCACCCGAAAUACCUCUGCAACACCGAUUAUCGCAAACCCAAAUUUGCCGAUCCCCCUGCGCAGCCGACAUGGCAUCGGAGGAGGAUAAACUAGGGGAUGUCAUCAGCAUAGGGGACAAUAGCGAAGAUGACGUUGUGUCUGGAAGUGCGAAGCGCUCAGUUCAGGAUAUCGAGUCUGAAGAGGAAGUCUUUGAGGCCUUCCCUGCAAAGCGUCAAAGACUGAGCGAAACUUCUACCAAUGGAGCCGACGUUGGACUAUCCGAAGAAGGCGAAAUCAACGAGAGUCAGGGCAAUAGCGAUGCACCCGAGUCAUCACGAUCACAGGCUAGCGCAAAGGCCUUUAUAAAGAACGCCGAAUCUAGCGGUCCGUUGGAUCCCAGCGCCGGCGCAACAAUGACGGCAAACGCGCGGACCUUUGAAGCAAACGGCCUGUCGUGGAAAAUGCCAAUCAUGUCCGACAAGAAGGAGGGUUCCUGGAUUGCGCGUAUCAAGGACUGGAUUGUCGUCGCACUGGUGGGCAAUGCUGACAUUGCCACACAAUUUACACCGGCCGUUGCCGUCGCUGCAUUUAAAGACUACCUCAACUCCCUACAGCUCAAGACAUCGAAGCGCAAGUCAGCCGUCCACACAAUGGACAUGUUUUUACGAUCAGGAAAUUUGGCCGAAUUUCUUGCCACAGCCAAUGGGGUACCCAUGGAACCAGCAGAGGCGGCUGAGGAUCGCGUUGUCGUGGACCUGACAUCACCAGCGGGCAGGGCCAUAGAUACUACGACGAAUGGAGAAGCAGAAGCAGAAGCAGAAGCACCAGUCGUAAUAGAAGAGAAGCGAGUAGUUCCGAAACGAGAACCCACAGCAGAGCAGAAACGGUACUUCCCCUCGGCGGAAGAUCCAGCCAACAUGUGCGUAAAGUGCGGCUCGGAGAGACACGCUAUAGAGGGCUGCACACCUUUCAAGUGCCAGUUUUGCGAUGGCGAAGACGACUGGGAGUAUGCAUGCACAAAGGCUCCAUCGCGUUGUGGCAAGUGCUUGCAACUUGGUCACCUAUCUAAAGAGUGUGUUGAGAAACUCGCACUGACGCGGGAGGAGGGAUUGGCAUGCGCGUUUUGUAAAGUCUCUGAUCACUUGGAGAACUCGUGUACAGAGCCAUGGCGCUCGUUUCACGCAAAUGCGGAUAAUAUCAAGCAGGUCAAGUCGAUCGAGGCCUCUUGUGCCGUCUGCGGCAGCCGUAACCACUUUGCAUCAGACUGUACAUUGCGCGGGCACGACCCAACCAACCCGACCUGGACGCUUGCCAACCGAAACAAGUACGUCAACCCUGAGAGCGAUGCCGUAUCCAUUGAAGUGGCUGUAGCACAGUCGCGAAUCAGAGGCCGAGCUGCAGCGGAACCGCGAGGCGGCCAAAGGAAGCUGGGACCUCGCACGCACGUCCAUUAUUCAGAGACGGACGACUCCGAACCAGAAUUUCUGGGGAGCCAUACAGUUCGACGCCCGGCACCUGUAGGCAAGAUUCGCAUGUCGAGCAACAUCCAAUUACCGAGCAAGCCAUCGUUUUCGCAGCCUCCUCUGCCGCCUGGCCCUCCUCCUCGAGGUCCUCCUCCUCGAGAAGCUAGCGCAUCGCGAUACAAUCCUUACCAGCCAAUCGCCAAUCCACCAGGGCUACCUAUGAAACCCCCCAAGAACUACCGCAACGAGCCGCUCCCCCCACCACCACCAGCGUCGUCACGAAGACCAGGUCGAUCACGGAGCGGGGUACCACCCUCUCGAGGAGGUGGACGCGGAGGUAGAGGAGGCGGUGGUGGCGGACGUCCACGAGGGCGAGGAGGAAAAGGACGAGGAAGGUGAGGCGAGGAGGGGAUUGAGGGACGGACAGACAUUAGAGUGUGCAGUAUGGCAAUUUGUAAAAGCAUGUAUAGAGUGGCGUUUGUGGAAACGUUUUGUAUUAUCUAACGACUGGUAUUGGUUGCAUCAUGACCACAAAUAUUUGAUUUAUUUCUGUACCAAUACACUACUGAGGGGUCGGUUGGCUGUGAAUGAUAGGACGGGCAGCGUCUGCGCGUUGCUGGAGGAAAACAAACACAAUGUGAAACGAAAGAGGACAAAUACAAUCUCUGUGUGGGAAAGGAAGCCAGAAAUAGACACAGAAUAAGACCUACUGAGUUGCAGAAUUAUGCAAUAAUUGUUGAGAUUUUCUUUUGGGUCAGUGCUGCCCUCCCAUCACUGGAGAGACGGCAGUUGGCCAUGUCUCUGAGUCCCGAAGCCCUAUUGUUACGCCACAUGCAACAAAGAAAACGGGAACAAACUUCAUGCUUAUCCUACAAGCACCGACGCCCGCUUUUAAGCGUAAAAUACGCCUAUUCGACCCAAAAAAGAUGCAGACAGAGCCAAAACGGGAAAAAGACGCCAACUGCAG